GGGGGGUGGCCUGGCUGGCGGCGCCGGAUGACGUCAUAGCCAAGCGCCGAAGCAAAAAUACCGUUACCUUGCCUGCCUUUCCGGGGAAAGGGCGGCGCGGCCUACAGUGUCGUUCUGUUGGGGCGGUCUUUCUUCCGGCAAAAAAUUAUUACGGCGUCCUAUUGAGAGAGCUUAAAAACAUAUGGCGGGGGGGGGGACCCUUUCGGGUUUUCUGUCGCCAUUUUGAAGCAAUUGGUGCUGACCGGAUUCAGUCCCCAUUUUAUCAAAGGCGCUGAGGCUGGACUGGGCACCGAGGCUGUGCCUCUUCCUUGCCAGAGGGCCUUUUCUUCCUCGAGGCAGUAGCUUCCACUCAUAUGUUCUCAUAGGAAAAGGAAAACGCAGACAUGGAUUGUGUGGGCAGCAGCGGUAAAUGGCAGAAGUAGGAAAAGAUGCUGACGGAAAUCAAUGAUAGCCAUUAGCCUGCCGCUCUUCAGUUGGGGAUGUUCACCGUCUUUUUUCUUUUCUUUGCAGGGCCUGUAUAAAGUAGCUUUAACUGGCGAAAAUGGAACACGAGUUUUUCCAAUAUUUUCCAAUAUUUUAAAACCGCUAUUCAUUUACCUAAAACCUUACAACAAAAGCGUAUUUAAAAGUCAAAGUCAGGAAUUGGCUAAGUAUUCUGGAAAAACUACACCCUUAAUUGCCUACAUAAGCUUGACAAAAUAAAAAACUUUCAACAGGCAUUUAAAAGUUGAGACAGAAAGUGCCUGCUGAAUGUCUCUUGGCAGAGUAUUUCACAUCUCCAUGCUGCUAGAUUUGUGCUCUUGUAUAAUGGUUAAAAGCACAGGAGCCUUGGCAUAAAAAAAGUUGGGAGUACAAUCUGAUAUUUAGCAGGUAGUUUAGUAGCAUUUCUGUGGCAACAGUGACCUCCUUUUUGAUACCCGUCAUUGAGAAUGAAAAUAAACAUAGUAUUGGUACAGGAAGGGAGAGAAUGAACCUUGGCUUUAGAGAAGUGUCAGAAGGACUAAUGCUUCCAAGUGAAUGACUUGGAACCCAAAAGUACUGCACUUGUAGCAUCCUACCCAUAUCUAGACACUUAAGUGAGUCCAUGCCUCAGGACGUUUGCAGUGGACCCAGAAUCACUGAACAAAUAAAGGCACAUCUUCCUCCCAUCAUUCCUUCCUACUUUACAUUCCCCAUAAUCUUAGCAAAAAUGGAGCUGGAACAAUAUGUUUGUCAAGCUAAUGCCUAAUUUGGCCUUCUGUUUUAGCUACUCUCAAAAUGGAGCUAACACACUGGCCUGUUUUACAAACUUGUUGAGUCAGAUUAGAGUAUAUAAAGUGUUCAGAAUCCUCUAAAAGUUGUGUUAUGGUUGUUGCUAUAUGGAGGAUUAUUUUGAAAAUACUUGAAGUUUGGAUGUUGUUUUUGCAGAUUGGAAUAAUCUCAUUUUUCACAGCAUCAUUUCCCUGAGAUAAAAUCAUGAGUUUAUUUUGGAAAACAUUAGAACAGGGACAGCCAACAUGGCACAAUCCAAAUAUCUGAGACUACCUCUCCCAUCAGCCCCAGUCAGCAUAGCCAAUAGAUAGAGAAUAUGGGAGUUGUAGUCCUCAAUGUUUAGUGAACACCACGUGGCUUCUCUCUUUAAACGUAAAGAACGUUGGAAGUUAAUAUGGGGUCAGACACUAGAGGAAUACUAAUAGGUGAUUUUAUUCAGGUUCUGUAAGAACCCUUUAGCUACAGGGAAGCUAGCCGGGGGGUUUUGCCCCGGGUGAAGCCUCCAGAUGGACAUCAGUGAGGUUUCCAGCCUGUGUGUGUGUAUGCAAAUACACAUGGGGCAAACUGGGUCUUUGACAUGGGUGAAAUAAAACCUCGAUUCGCCCCUGCUGGAACAGGAUCCAUUUUGAAUAACAUAGUUCAUUGGAUCAGCUAUACGUCUUGCGCAAUGGUGAAGUCAAUGAACUGGCUGGAGGCAUUGAUUUUUAGAACAGGGGGGAAAGGUCCUAAAGUGUUACAAAACGUUCACUCUCAGUUUGGCAAAACUGGCCCUCACAAGCUGCUGUCGUGUCUCUGGAAAAACUUCAAAGGGGAAAAUCCAGAACACAGAUACCUAAAAGUAAGUACAUAUAUAUUAUACAGGACAUUGAAUCUACAUUAUACACUUCAGUAAAUCCAGUAAAAUUAUUUAAAUGUGUUAAUUCAGUUAAUUGGCUUUAAAAUACAUUUGGAAGUUGCAAAUUAAUUGUUCAUUAAUGGUUUGCUGAUAAUUCUUUAUGAAGCAAACAACAUAUAGCCACAUUACUUCCCCAAUCCUCACUUCUUCCUUCCUGCUCAAACAUAACCCACCUCUAUUUUUUCAAAGAAACAAAUAUUGAAAUGGAAAUUAUUAUUAUUAUAGAUAACAGUGAAUUCCUAUGCCAGAAAUACUGUCCUAUUUACCAUGUUUCCCAAUAGUUCUGAUUCUAACUACUAUUCUGCAUGCGAUGCUAUGUGCACCUCAAAUGUAUUUGAAGCUCCCAUCUUUUCUUCAAAUUACUUUUGAAGUAAUUUUUUAAUGAAAUGAUUUUGAAAUGUUGUCUUAUUUUAUUGUUGUUAGCCGCCCUGAGCCCAGCUUCGGCUGGGGAGAGUGGGAUAUAAAUAAAAAUUUAUUUAUUUUUCUUAUUAUUAUUCUGCAUUUUAUUCUUAUAUCAGAAAUACUGCUCUAUAUGCUAUAUCUCAAAAUAUUGACUGCUGUUCUGCAAACAGUACUGUAAAUCCACUAUAAAUGCAUUAAAAAUGAAUCCAUGCUGUAUAUCGGAUAAUAACUUUUAACCUAGCAUGCAAAGAAUAUUCUGUGUUAGAACAGAAGCUAACAGUUUUGUUUUCUUCUCAGCAGAAAUAUUCCUCAUAUAACGAGUGUGCUAUUACAUGGUCUCUUAUCAACUUUUAAAAUAGGAUUUUGACAUCACAAUUUGAGAGUGAAUCUUUGAAAAUUCACUUGUCAUUGAAGGAUGGCGUCGUCAGCUUUUCAAAUCUCUGCACUGCUUCUGGCUUUUCUGGGUCUCAUCCUUUUACUGGUUGCCAGUGUGUCCAACUGCUGGAAAUUUUCUAUUCCAACUACAACGCUUAUUACUGCAAGCUGGAUUUAUGAAGGUCUCUGGAUGCACUGUGUAGCUACUUCUCUGGGCUCAGUUCAGUGCAAGAAAUUCUUUUCCUUGCUCAGUUUGGAAAGUAAGUUAACACUUUUCAUACAUAAAAUGCUGGAUUCUUAGUCUGAAUUUGUGCGCCACUUAUGCGAACAUCUGACAUUGUGUGUUUAUAGAUACAUAGGAAAGAACUUUAAUGCAAGCCUGUAGAAACAAACUUUCAUAUAUAUUCUGUGAUCAAAUGUUGUGUCAACAAUAAUCUAAAUCUGUCACUGAAAACAUUUGUAUUUUUAGAAGUACUGUAUACAAAUAGUACAGUUUACAUGCAUUUGUCCCACUCCAGGAGUGUUAAUGCAAAGGAAGGAGCUCUGAUGUACAUAGUCAGUGGCUGCUCCCUUUCAAUAUUUAAAAAUGCACAUUUACAAAGUAUAUGUCCCAGGUAAUCACUGCCACUAUUUGAUCUCUGUUUUUGCCUGUUGGGCAACAUUUUGUUAACAUAUUGGGUGUGAGAUACUAGAGCAGUCAUUAUCCAGGUUCAGCUCCCUCCCUAAUGUCUCUAGAACAGAGGUUGCCAAACUAUGGUCUGUGGGCCACCAGUAGUCCACAAGGUUCUUUCAUGUCGUCCAUGGUAUGUGUAUGAAGAUCUGUGGCUAAAGAUGGGCGGUAGCGCAUCCAUCGUAUUAAAUAUUCAUAAUUGAUUUUUUUCUAGAAUUCAAUUUGUAAUACAAAAAGAUAUAAGGAAUAAAAAAUGAAACAUACAAUUAAAAAUCAUACAACAUCUAACACAUCACACUGUAAUUGUUGCAGCAGGCAGGUCUGUGAAGAUGUUUAGCAAUUUUCAAGUGGUCCAUGGUGGGAAACAUUUGGGAAGCUCUGUUCUAGAAGUUAAAUCUCAGACAUGAGUGAAGAUGUACCUUUUGUCUAGUGUUGCACAAGCAUGUAAAUCAGGGUGGGGAACAGAGUUUGGCUGGUGGGCUGUUUCCUGAGCCCUUACUCCACAGGCCAUUUUGACAGGUGGGUGGCUCUCCAGACAUUAUUUGACUCCAUCAUAACCUACCAUUUGGCCAUGCUGGCUGGUGCUUGUGGGAGUUGAAGUCCAAUUACAUCUGGAGGGCCACAGAUUAGCCACCCUUGCAUUAUGCAGUGCUUACAUGUUACUGUCACUUCUCCUGUAUUAAACUUCAUUGAGAGGUAUUUAAUUGCUGUUUAAUUCUACAAAAUCUGAUAAAUGUGUAGCACGUUGGUAGUUGAUUUUUCUGGAUGUGGUAUAAAUAGCUGAGUGUUUACACAAGAAAGCUACCAUUAGUGUAGUUGCUGAUAGUUUAUCUAGACACAUUCAUUUUCACUAUUUUCCCGUGGAACUUGACACCAUAUACUUAAAUAUCAUCUUAACUCUUAGUUUAUCCAGGGAUCAUUAAAAAUAAAUAAAUUAACCAUUUGAGUAGGUCAUUAUUUGUAUCUUAAGUACUUUCUAAUUAUGCCUUAAUCUUUGAGACUUUGUCUCCUGCUCUGAUCCUUGUGCUGUGUUAAAUAAACAUAAAAAUCAUGUGGUGUCAGGCUUUUAUUUUGCCCUGACGAAGAUGCAUUAACAAGGAAUCAAUUUCCUUAUCAGUAAAUCAUUAAGACUUGCAAAUUAAACAUUCUGGAAACAAGUAUUGGAGACAAUGCUCACUCAGAUCUUGUUUUUCUGCAUAGUCCAAACACAAUUUAGACUUAGUAUCUAUUAAAUGUUUCUGGAAAGUGCUUCUUUAUGGGCCACUUUUAUUCUAAAAAGAAAAUCUCAAUGCAUAUUGAUUCUGCAUUAUCCCCUAUUGUUCUCAUUUGAAAACGGAUAGAGGCAGUCCCAGAAACGGGGGUAUAUCUACACCUGCCCAGUGAUGUGGGUGGGCAUAUAACAAGAUAGCAGUUACCAUUUCCACCUUCAUCUGGGGCAUAGGCAAGGGUGUGUGUGUGUGUGUGUGUGUGUGUGGAUACAUCCCCAUUUGAUUCCUACAUUGCAGGGGUUGGACUAGUUGAUCCUCGGGAUCCAUUCCAAUUGUACAGUUCUAUGAUAACCUAAACAAGGGAAGGGUUUUCAAAUGUGCACCAGGUAACUACACCCAUGCUUGUGAACAGUGGGAUCAAAAAUCAAUCUAGAUUAAAAGCUUAUUGAGGAUGAGCAUGCACAAUUCUGUAUUGAGAAAAACUAUUUAUUUGCACUACAGAUUGGUAAGUAACCUUAGAUUACUGUGCUAGUAAGCCAGUCCUUACAACUUGACCAAACUGCGGGAGGCAGUGGAAGACAUGAGUGCCUGGUGUCCUCUGGUCCAUGGGGUAACGAAGAGUCAGACACAACUAAAUGACUAAACAACAACAAAGCCAUUCCUAUAGCACAUUGUGGGCAACCUUUUCUGUUGAGGAACAUGCUUGUUCACGGGUGAACUUUUGGGGUCUCUGUACUGGUAGUGGUGGAGCUAGACCUGAUGAUGGGAAGAAUCGGAGACAGAGUGUUCUGAAUUCACCAGUUCCUGGUGGUGCUUUAGAUGGAGUUGCAGUCUUGCUAAAAGAAGCUGGCUUAUAGUUUGUGGUAGGGAGGGAGGUCUAGCAUUGCUUCUUGAGACUCAGCUGGCCUUGGUGACUUAGACCAGCUUUGAUCAGCUUAAGCUAACCUAACCAGCUAUGACCCAUUUGGGGAGAGAUCACCUUACUACAGUUGUAAAUGAUUUGAUAACCUCCCUGUUGGAUUAUUUCAUUGCAUUAUAUGUGGCACUCCCUUUGAAAAUGGUCUGGAAACGUCAUUUGUUCCAAAAUAAGGUGGCUGGAGGUAUUGAUGGGGAGUGGUAAAUAUAAUCACAUCACACCAGUGUGCUGACAUACACCUGUGAACUGACUCUCAGUCUGCUUCCAGGUUCAUUUCAAAGUGCUCCUUUGAAUCUUUAGUGCCCUAAAUGGCUUGUGGGCCAGACUACUUGAAGUAUUGCCCUUUCCUACACAUACUAACUCAAAGUGCCUACAUUAUGGUGUUUAGGUACCGGGUAAAGACCCUUCUGUAUUCCUAUUCCCUCUAUAUGCUGGUUUGAGAUGAAUUUGGUUGAUUUUAAAAUUAGUUUUGUUGUGCAAAAUUGGAUUUAUACUUAGUAUUUUUAAUGGCUUUGUAAACCACUCAGAGUAGAAAAUCUUGGGGUCUGAAAUUUCAGCAGCACCCUAUCCAAGGAAAAAAUCUCCCCCGCCUAUCGUGUUCCAUUCUAAAGAAUUGUUGCGGUGCCCCCUAAGCACCUUACCCAGUGCGAGUGAACUGGUCACGCUCCUCUAAAUCAGCCUCUGCUGACAUGGGUAUCAUAAAGGGCAACCUAAGCAGUUUCUGUGCCAAAACUGAACCUAAGCCCCAAUUGAAAUGGAUCUAGAAAAUCAAUGUCUUCCAAGAGUGCCUGGAUCUGGUCCAUGACCUCUCACUCAAGAACCUCUCCCAAAAAGGGGAGAUUGGCAACUGGCCAGUAAUUGUUUAGAUUUUCCAGAUCCAGGGAGAGUUUCUUAAGGAGUGCUCUUACCACUGCCUUCUUCAAGCAAGCAGGGACCACCCUCUCUUAUAAGGAGGUAUUGAUAACCUUCCUGAUCCAACCAACUGUCUAGUUUUUAUCAGCCAAGAACGCCAAGGAUCUAGAAUGCAAGCAGUCACUGUGACUGAUCCAAGGACUGUGCCCGCAUCCUUGAGCCUUACCAACUAAAACUCAUCCAACAGGACUAGGCAGUGCUCUGGACACCCUUUGAGAGCCAUCUGUUGAAACAGCAGAGUCAAGGUCCCAGUGAAUGCAAGCUAUUUUAGCUAUAAAAUGCUUUGCAAACAAGUCACAGCAAGCUACUAUCAGUUCUGCUACCUCUUUUGGGCUAGACUGUAAAAGCACCCACAGUACUGAACGGCAUAAUGAGGAUUGCAACGGAGGCUACCAAGUAUACCUUCUUUGCUGUCUUCACUGCCACUAAGUAGGCUUGAUGAUGAACCCUCAGCAGUGUUUGAUGGCAUUUGACGUGAGUUUCUCUCCACUCAUGUUCAAACUGUCUCUUAGCUUGUUUCAUUGCUGUGAACUCUGGAGUAUACCAGGCAGCCAAGUGGGCUCCAUGAAGCAGGAGAAGGCACUCUGGGGCGAUUGUUUCAGUUACCUGAAGCAUUAGAUAGCUAUGCAGAUGUGAAAAAAUACCCAUGCCGUAAAUUUUAUCAGAAAAACUGAUCAAUAGCAUUUGUCCUUUUGCAAAUCCAAUGCAAUUAGCACUUUUUUCUUAAACCACGCCUCCAAUUAUUAAAAGCAAUGUGCUACAAAUCUUAUCAUUUAGUUGACGGAACAAAGAUCAAAGGUAGCUUCAUUUUGGAGGAAACUAGCUAAGACAGCAAGUGGCCUUUAAUGGGGAGAUACUUCUUAUAUUUCAUCUUAAUACAAAAUAGAUAAUAUAUCUGUUAGAAGUUUCAACUAUGUCUGCUGUUUUGGAACUCACUGGUUUUGUACUCACCUUGGGUGGCUGGGUAGUGAUUGGAGCAACUUUAAAAAACAGUUACUGGAAAGUCUCCACCGUACAUGGGAGUGUGAUUACAAGCUCAAGCUUGUAUGAAAACCUGUGGCACAGCUGUGCGGAAGAUAGUAUUGGAAUCUCCAACUGCAGAGCGUUUGAUACACUUUUGGCACUUCCUGGUAUGUCUUUAUUUGAUGUACAUGUCCACGUCUUUAUCAGUUGAAAUAAUUCAUUGGGUGGGUGCAUGGAAAGUAUAAAUAGUGAAUUUUGACUGAAAAUAACAUCAAUGAGGCAUUUCCCUCAAAGAGCUUGUCAGAUUAUAACAGACUGCUUGUUUGAGCUCCAAAAGUGAAGGAUUUUUGAAGUUUCUUGGCAUGUCGAUAUGUGGAGGACAAGAUUCUCUCUCCACCUGCUCUGAAAGGUGAUGAAUCAGAACACACUGAAAGUAAAGUGUGUGUCAGUGCAUUCCCUUACUGAAGGUAACACAUAGUCUUCACAGAGCUUUAAACAAAAUAACAUUUUUUGGCUGUUAUUAAAAACAGCUAAAGGUUUGUGAUGGCCGGUUAUUUAUCUAUAGAGAAGGUAUUAUUGGCAUUGGCAAUGGGGCAAUGUAUUGUAGAGAAGCAACUGAGCUUUAAAUAAGCUAUUAAAAAAAUAUCUGUACAAAGUGGUGUGCCUGUAAUUUAGGGGGAUUUGUUCGUCACCACUGAUGUGUUGGGUUAUGAUCAGGCUUUGUUAAAAUUUAUUUUGUAACAUUACAUUUGAAAAUUUGCAUUUUGCUUUGCAUACACUCAACAAAAUCUGCAUUGACCUGAAAAUAUAUAGGCUUGCUUUUCUGCAUUUUCAAAUAAUGUACUUCUGGCUUCCAUGAGUAUUCUGCAGAGGCAAUGCUACGCUACAAGGAUUAAUUCCCUUUGGAUAAGAGAGGACUGGAGAUUUACAAUGUAUAAGCAAAGCAUAUUAGAAACAAAUACCGUAUUUUUCCAUGUGUAAGAGUAGGGGUUUUUUUACCAAAAAAAUUAGGUUUAAAAUUGGGGCUCAUCUUAUACACAGGUAGUGCUGAGGGGUGUUUUCUUAAUCAGGAGUCUCCAAAAAUAGGGGGUGUCUUAUACAUGGGGGGGUCUUAUACACAGAAAAAUAUGGUAGCUUCUUACAGGAAGUAGAACAACUGCUGAGCCUGCAUCAGAUUCCCCAAAUGAACAGCAUGGAUCUUCACAGCCUUCUGGGCUACUUCUAGUUCAGCUACCUCUGGCUAAAAUCUCUCACUUUCUAUAGCCCCUUAGAGACAGUAUAACCUCAUAAACAUAAAUAUGUAUGUGAUGUGGUUGAGAGUGGAACUUGCAACCAAUUUCCCACCUGCACACAUUUGUUCUGUGUACCGUCUGAAAGUGCCCUUCUUUGCAAAUGCUUACUUGCUCCAGUCUAUUUCUCUGUUCUUCCCACUAGCUGAAGGGUGGGAGAGACAUUCCAGGGCAAUAGUAUCCCCAGUCAUCAAGGAACACCACUGUCCUUUUGUUAGGUCCAAGCCAUAUUUUGAUUUGUCAGGCAAAACCAUAGUGAUGGGGACCCAGUCACAGUAAUAAAGACAGUCAAACUCAUAACAGUGUUUUAUAGAUUGUUUGAGCAGACCAUGCCAGAGUUAUGACUGCCCUCAUUUUACAGUUUCUGACCUUCUUGUCCAGUGUUUCUCAACCUGUGGGCCACGACUUGCAAGUAGGUCACAAAUCCUGUGCAAAUGAUAUACAGGCUGUAUCAGUAAAUCCAAAAUAAUUGAUUGCUUGAAAUCUUUCCCUGGUAUAAUGAAUAUAUCUUAUAACUCUCUUAUUUUGGUGCCGUGUUGCUGUAUUGCAGCUGAAUGUCAGAAAGGCUUGAGUGUUAACAUUUUAACACUCGGGAAUCGCUUUUUGGCAACUGCCAGUAGAUCUGGUGACAGCUGGCUACAUGGUGCUCAUACAGGAAGUUGUCUGAAAGACUACUAUACUUCACUCCUGAUGGGCAGGCACCAACAGCACCUUGUGGCAAGCUGUCCAUUGCCAGAUCUGUCACAGAUGAGCUAAUUAUUAAUAGUGAUUUGAGGUUUGCUGUGUCAAAGUAAGAAACAAUAUAUUUACUCUAUGUUUCAAUAGUGAUCUGAGACUACGUGAGGCAACCAUCAAACCUUGCAUUGACCUACUUGGUUGGUGAAAUGCGAGCUCAGCCAUCUCACUGAUACUUGCCAAAAUAGACUUUAUUGUAAAUAAAACGAUUAAAAAUAUUUAUAGUUCAUUAUAUCUAACACUGCUUGUGUAACCUUUGUUUUUAGGAAUUUUUUUUAUAGCUCAUGAAGCAUUAUCCUGCAGCCAGAUGGUCUGGGUUCUUAUAUUCUCAUAAACAAAACUGAAUAACUUUGUAGGUGCUAUAAAUAUUUCAACAAAUCCACAUUAAUAGGGGUGUUAAGCAACUCUUGGCUUGGAUGUCUCAAGUAAUGCAUAUAAAAUAGACAAAUGCAUGAAACCAAAGACUGGAAAAGAUGUCAGGGCUGAAAUUCAUGUGACACUAAAAGGAUGGGUCGGCAUAUCUGAGCCAGUGUUACCUUCUGGAGAAGGGAUAAAUCUUUAUUCCUUUGCUUUAUUGCUGAUUUCGUACAAGUUCCUAUCCAUUUGCCCAGUUUGUGGUUGAGAUGGCAUGACCUUAGUGAGAAAUGACUAACUAGUUGGUUAUAUUAUAUGUUUGCUGAAUUGUGACUUAACUUUUGGAAGAAGAUUCCAUUGUCUGUACAAAACACCAUUCUUUCCUAUAGGAGGUGAUAAUUAAACUUUGCUGGUAACACAGGAUUAUUAUUUUUUUAUCUUUAUAUAUUAAGAGGUCAGGAUAUUUAUUCAUGCUUUUCAGGUUUCAGAUAAGAUAAGAAGUUUCAGGGUUAAAACAGGUCAUAAUUUCAAUUUAUGCCAACUUCACUGAUGCUAUGAUCUACAGCAGUGUUUGGGAAAUGCUUUGGGGUGCUGGAACGAUCCAGGGAUGUGGUAGUAGCCCUGGGUCAAUUGAGGAGCAUGAGAUAAAAAUAAGGGGGUGGUGGAAGCAUAAAGAAGAGAAGAAAAUUUUGAAAAACCGUUCAUAUAUGUUUCACCUGCUGUGUAAUGGCGCUUACCGCCAGGUUGAGUGGCAUUGUGGGAUAGUGACAAUGCCUCCCCUGGAUCCGGUGGUUGUGCUGGAGGCGAAGGGUUUUCCUUGGCUUGGCCCAGGAAGUGGAUCGCAGCUUGCCUGCCCAUUCAGCCAAUGGAAGGUGGGCUGUGGGAUGCCGUUGGAGCGUAUUGGACUGUUACUUCAAGUGAACAUGCAUGGGAUUCAGCUGCUUGUUAACUUAUUUUUCAAGAAGUUGUAGGCAUAAAUGUAGAUAUAUAAAAGAAUGCAAAAUUGUCACUGCACCUUUCUGUUUAUUUGCUUAAAGAAAGUAGAUUCCCAGGGGGUGCUGAGUAAUUAUCAUUUUUUAAAGGGGGUGGUAGGCCAAAUAGGUUUGGGAACCUCUGAUCUACAGCAAUAAAUCAUAGGAAAAGUUUAGACUGGCACACAUUUCUAUGGAUGCUCUUCAGGGUUUCAGGCUGAGUUCUCUCCCAACCCUACCUGGAGAUGCCAGAAAUUGGAUGUUACCAUCUCUGUGAAAAGUAGGUGCUUUGUCGCUGACCUGUGGACCUUCUUUGUGUAUCUAUUUAUAUAUUUUUAGAAACUUAUAGUGUUUGCACUUCAUUAAGGAAUGGAGAGCUACCUAGCUUUGGAGAUUGCAUAGUUGACUCUUUACACGCAAGUAGCUGCUGACACAUUUGCUGCCUUGCUUAUUAUAUUACUCAGCUAUCUGAUAAGAGGGGCAAUCAAAUCUCUGUACUGAACAUAGUAGCAGCCUGUUCUUACUGAUAUAUAUAGUUGUGAUAGUAUGGGAGACCAUUUGCUUUGCACCAACAUAGCAACAGGUCAUGUGGCAUCCUACGUUACAUAAGGAGUUGGGCAAGCAAGCCCACCCAGAGCUAACCCAACCACGCAAGCAUGUCAACUAGUGGUUUCAGCAGUGUGACCAGGAUGUAGCAUGUUGGAUUCCUCCCCCUCCUGCCAUGUGUGGGGUCGCUAAACAUAUUGAGUCAGUUGGCACAUUUGGAUUGUUGAGAAAGGGCUGUUGGUGCCACUCACAAAAUGGUUGCUGUGGGGAGUGGCGUAAGAUAAAAUGACCAUUAUGUCUCAGAGUGAAAAGAGGCAGGGCUACAAAAUGAUGUUGGCAUUUCCCCUGCAUUAAUGGAAAGACAGGCACCUAUAUCAGCCAUUGCCAUGCUUGCUCUCAGAGAGAAGCUCUUUGCAUCUCUUCUCUCUUCAGAACAGAAAGGAGAGAGGAUAUCUGAUCCAGGCAUCCAAUGAAAUGUGAACAUGUUUAUGGGGAUGUGUUCAGUGUAGGGGAGGGUGAGCCAAUGCAAACAGGAACUGAGCAGGAAGAGCAAACAGUUCCUUGUGCAUUGUGGAUUUUUGAGGGAAUAUUUACUGAGCCCUUUCAUGCAUACCAUAGAGCAGGGGUAGUCAACCUUUUUAUACUUACUGCCCACUAAUGCAUCUUUCUUGAUGUUAAAAUUUCCUUACCGCCCACCAGUGCUCGAUGGAAGGAGGAUUCAGCUUGUGCCAUAGAACCCCCUACCGCCCACCUAGAAUCCUGAAACACCUGAAACACUAGUGGGCAGUAGGGACCAGGUUGACAACCCCUGCCAUAGAGGGUACUGGUGGGCACACUGGUCCCUAUGGUAGCCCCCUGCAGGUCUAACUGAAUUUGGGCAUCUAAAUAGCUACUUCCUUGAUGCUUGUGGGAAAUAAGUAUGAUGUCCAGGCAACCAGCCAUCGAAACUGUGAAGUUUUGUUUGGUUGUAUCCAGUGGUGGCUUUGCACUGUGCAUGCUCAGGGUGCCUGUUUUUUACCAAUCCCUGCUCCCCACUGCAGUCCCCCCUGGGAUCAUAUGGAUUAUGGCACAGAAUUUGCAGUGAGAAAGUGGACUGGUUUGGUUGCUCAGCAAAAUAAUGUGCCUCAAGUCAUGGGAUGCAAGCCAUUAGUGAGGGGCUUUGUAUCUUUGUAUCUUUAAGUAAAGGUUAAAAAGAUAAAGUAUCCCUGGACUGUUAAGUCCAGUUGAAUUUGACUAUGGGGUGCGAUGCUUAUUUCUGCUUUCAAGCCAAGGGAGCCAGCAUUUUUCCACAGGCAUCUUUCCAGGUCAUGUGGCCAGCAUGACUAAACCGCUUCUGGUACACCAUGACAGAAGCCAUAGCGCACAGAAACACCAUUUACCUUCCCGUCGCAGCAGAACCUAUUUAUCUACUCACACUGGUAUGCUUUCGAACUGCUAGGUUGGCAAGAGCUGGGACAAAGCAACAGGAGGUCACCCUGUCACGUGUAUUUGAACUGCUGACUUUCCAGUCAGCAAGCCCAAGAGGCUCAGCAAUUUAGACUACAGAACCACCUGUGUCCCUUUACCUUACCUUUUAUACAAAGUACUCACAUAGAUCCAUGUAUGCACAGGGGCAGCCUAGUCAUGCUUCUUGCUGCAAUUAUUAUGCAAUUAGUUGGAAGAUUGAACUGAAUUGUCCUUGACCUUGUUUCUUUCUGCUUCUACUCUCUGCGUCUGGGUUCUAACUUUUAGAAGAAAGUAGCUUUGCUUUGAUGGUGUGCCAUUAAAUAUAUAUUUUGCUCAAAACUUCCCUGCUUUCUAAAGGAGGUUCCAGGUUUCUUUCGUUUUUUUUUUAAAAAAUGCCUUUAUUUUGCUGACCAUUAGAGGGACAAUACUGCUUCCUUCCUUCUUUGUGCUCUGACUGCACAUAAGUGCUUUGUGAAUUGAGUCUGGAGGGGAAGAGCUAGAUUGAGACUUAAAAAUAGCCUUUUAACUAAAAGGAUUCCAAAACAAACAAGUCCACAAUUUCUGUCCUUAUUAAACCAGUGAAAGUAUCUGCCAGAACUAGAAAUGUAUUCUUAAAAAGAAAAUAUCUGAUCAUCAAGCGUUAUGCUUUGCUCCUUUCAUAAUAAACUUUGUGGUUGCAAUUAUACCUUGGACUGCCUCUGGAUUUGCUGCCAAAAGCAAGGCAGGAGGUAAGGUGGCUGCUUAGGAAUGACCGAAAAAGAGGUACUGCCUCACCAGAAAAAUGGAGGUGAAAAGAGGACACUGUUAGAAUCAAGUGGUAUAUAAAUUCUGGUUCAGUGUCUACAAAUGUCUACAAAGACCAGCAGUAGCGUUAGGGUGUGUAUGUCUGAACCUCCAUGCGUGCCCAUCUCCCACAUAUAUCCCACGCACACUCCCAAAAAGUUUAAGAUCUUUAAACAUUUGUAUGUUAAGACUAUGUUUCCUGCCCUUGAUUUUAUGCUCACAAGAAAUUAACAAAUGAGGAAUAAAGAAAGAUUGGUUGGUUACUUGAAACAAAAGUGACAGAGUAUAUAGAUGUUGUUUUCCAACAACAAAGUUAAAUUUAAGCAGUCAGCAUAUCUCACAGAAUGUAUACCUUGAUCUUGAGAGGGAAAAGGAACCCUAACUAUCUCAGAAUCCUAGACAUUGAGUAUGACCAUUUCCCACACUAAAAUGAAGAGAAAAGACAACUUCUUAUGUAAAAUUCCUAACUUUGGCUGAUUCAUACCAUACAUAAAUGGACUAUUUAUCCUGUUAUUAUUGCUGUUAAAUUUAUAUCCCACUCUUCCUCGUAAAUCAUCCCAGGGUUGCAAACAACAAGUGACAAAACAAUAAAAACAUCCUUAAAACAUCUAAAGCAAUUCUGCUACAGAUGCAGAGGCCUCAACUUGCUGAAAGACUUGUUGAAAGAGGAAAGCCUUCAGUAGGCACCAAAAGAUGAUGCCUAUCUAACAUUCGAGCGGAGGGGAUUCCACAGGAUAGGGGCCACAACACUAAAGACCCAAUUCCUACAUUGUGUGGAAUGGACCUCCAGGUGGUGUCCCCAGGAAACCCUCACCUGCAGUGCCAUGGCAGAUUAGGUAUAUACUUUGUUGUUUGAAACCUGCAAACUACAUAGAUAAGUUUACAUUAUAGAACCACCAGACGCUCAUUAAGGAGUAUGAUAAUGCUAGAUGAUAGCGUAGAAUUCAGUUGCAUAAUAGCUACAGAAAACAUGUGGCUUACAUUUAUUUGUCACCUGUUCUUGUCACUUGAUUCAUUAAUCAUGUGCUGCAACUCCUAUUCAUUGGUACAGUGGAUUAAUAAGUUACUUUAUGAAUCAAUACUUACCAGUGGAUAGUAUUCUAGGGAAUUUCUCACUACAUCAUAAAUAUGCUUUUGUUUUUUCUCCACCAGCCCCCAGUCUGAAUGUUUUAAUUGUUUUUACUAAUAAUUUUAGUGUUGUAUUUGUUUAGUAACCUGCUUUGAGGUUUUUUACAAUCAAGUGGUAUAUAAAUUUAAAUGAAUGAAUGAAUAGUUAGUAAUUGGGGUGUCAGUGCUGCUGAGCUACACAGAGUCAAGAUAUAAAUAGAAAUGGCUUUGCAAACCCAAUAUGGGAUGGAGAGAAUAGCUUCAAACAUUAAACUGGCAAAAUGACCACCAGAUGGUGGAGAUGUUUGCAUAUAGAAUAAUUAUGCUGGUUGUUGCUCAUCUCUGUAUGCUUGCAUUCAGUCUUGACCAUUUACUUCCAGAUCUGUCCAGCAUCAAUCUUUGUUCCUUUCCUUUGUUAUGUUGCUUGCUAAGCAUGCAAACAAGUAUGAGAUGAGCAUGAGGAUUGGUGUAAUGGCUUCUAAUAUCUCAAAGGCCUAGAGGACUCCCUAAAGAAGGAAGGAACAGUGAUAUCCUCAAUGUAUUUCUUAAAAGGAAGGAGAAUAUGGGCAACUCUAAGAGGAGAAGUCAGACCAAAAGACAGAUUCACAUACAUGUGGGUAAUGUAAGAUGUUUCUGACAGUCUAAGGGCUUGAGAGAUUUCCUCUAGGGUGGAAUCAUCGUUUGGGCUGGUUAAUCUCACAUCUGCCUCUAUGGGCUUCCUGAUAUUGCUUUCUAUUAAACCAGAUAUAUAUAUAUAAUGUACCAUCUGCCCAUUGUUGCUCCCAGCAGCCACACAUUUGGAUCAGUGGGCAUGUAUUGCUGUUUGACAUGUCCUUUGCCGAAACUGAUACCUUUCUUGACAACAUUUUCUUUCCUCUGCAGCUUAUAUUCAAGCAUGUCGGGCCCUGAUGAUCACUUCGCUUAUCUUGGGUAUGUGUGGGACUCUGCUGACAUUGCUUGGUUUGAAGUGCACUCAGCUUGGAUCCAACAGUGAAAAUGCAAAAUCAAGAAUUGCCAUGCUGGGGGGAAUGGUCUUCAUUUUAGCAGGUGAGAUAUCGGUAGACCGUGCACCAAAAAAUAAAUAAAGCUAAUGUAAUAAUACAGUGGCUCUCAAAGGAUGUUGUGCACCAUGCUGGUGUGGCAGGAGGAUUCAAGGGCAAUCAAAGAAACAUUUAAACAUUUCAGUAUAGUGUAGUAUCAAAAUAAUGUUUUUUUAUUUGAAUAAUAUGAAUAUCUUUUCAAAAUAAGAGAUGUUGAGGACAACCCUGCUAGUGAAUCAGAAUCACCGUUAGAACAGAGUGCUGGAGAAGAUGUGUUUAUAAUUCUAUUUUGGGAAUGAUUAAUGUUCUUAUGCAGCUGCAUCAUUUUAUGCUUUCUGGAUGCCCCGUGAUCAUAUUAUAAAGUAGUUGUGUUUUGUGUUAUAAAUCAAGCACUGCUAGUUGUUGUUUCUUUUUGUUUUCCAAUGUAUUUCUUUUUGAUAAAAAAAAUCUAUGUGGUGCAUGCAAAUUUUUAUAUGUGGCCCAGAGAAAAAUUUUUGAGAAGCAGUGGAAUAAUAGGAAAGGGGAGGCACUCAAUUGCCAUCUUACUCAACACAAUGUAAUGAUGCAGAAACACAUCCAUCCAGCAGCCCUGAGCAAAUUAACCAACUCAGCUGAAUUGAGUAUUCAGCUGAAACUCAUGAGGCUGAGUAGGAUUUCAUUAAUCAGCUGAUGACUUUAUUAUAUUUACGUACAUGUUAUUUCUGUAAGGCACGGCUGUGGAAUUCGUUAGUUCGCUCCAUUAAAAUGGAUCUGUAUUGUUUCCCUAGGUCUCUCAUCAAUGGUUGCUAUUUCUUGGUAUGCAGAAAGGAUCACAGCUCAGUUUUUUGAUUCAUUUUAUGGUGGAACCAAGUAAGUUUACAGACUUGCAUGUUGUUGUUUAAAAAAAACUCAGUUCAGUAACUGCAAUAUGUAAAUGGCUUUAGGCAUUGUUAAAACUCACAUGAAACUAACAUUUGGCUUGAAUCUUUUUUGCAUUGUACGUUUCUUAACAAAAAAUGAUGAGAUUCAUAAGAAUACUUUGAAUGCAUGUUUCAGUAACAUUCUGCUGCUUCCUGUUGGCCUAGUUCCUGAUUUCAGUCUGUUGGUCAUGCUGAAAUGUGACCAAAGGACAGAGGAAUUAAUGUCUCUGACGACCAUAAAAGAAGAUAGGUUGCGGGGGGGGGGGGUGUUUAAAGGAUUACUGUAGGUGAAAGCCCUGCUUUGGCCCACCUCAGUGUUUGCAGAUCAUCUAUUUGAGACAAAACCCAUUUUCCUGCCUUCUACAGAAAUAACCUGGAGAGCAGCUGGUCAUAUCUCCUAGCUUUCUCCUCCUAUACUUGAUUUUUUUCCCACUGGCAGCCACUACAUUAAAAAAAUAUGGCAAAAUGUAUCUGAUUUGAUUGUAAUGAUGCUUCUACGAAAUCAUUUUUUUUCCAGAUAUGAGCUGGGAUAUGCACUGUACUUAGGCUGGGCUGGUUCCCUCCUUUCUAUACUUGGUGGGAUCUUCCUGACAUGUUCAGCAUGCAAAGAAAAACACAGGUAGUUGACCAAUUGCUAUUACAAGAGUAAAAAGUAUCAAUGAGAUUGUUAAAGAUUUCACUGAGCUGUCUGUUUUGUCUGGUAACAAACCCCAAGUGUUUAUAUUGCUUUCUAAGCAUUUUGAAAAUAUAUAACAUAUGCAAUGAAAUGCCUGAAAUAAUACUGAAAAUGAUGGGACUUUCAUCUGAGCAAACAUGAAUAGGAUUGGAUUGUAACCUCUAGUAAAGGUAAACGGACCCCUGACCAUUAGGUCCAGUCUUGCCCAACUCUGGGGUUGUGGCGCUCAUCUCGCUUUAUUGGCCGAGGGAGUCGGCGUACAGCUUCCGGGUCAUGUGGCCAGCAUGACUAAGCCUCUUCUGGCGAACCAGAGCAGCACACGGAAACGGCGUUUACCUUCCUGCCGGAGUGGUACCUGUUUAUCUACUUGCACUUUGACGUGCCUGACUCAGUUAAAUUUCUCAAAAAUAGAGAGAAUGAAAGAAUGAGAGAGCAGCAGCACAUUGACACCUCUUUUUAAUUACAGAGACUACAAGUAUGCUGCUACCCGGCAAGGCAAGGAUGCACGUAUUUACAUCAAACAGUCCGAGACAGUCACAUCUGCCAAAGACUACGUUUAGAUUUUAAAAUGUUUCAUAUGUUCUAACUCAUUACUGUAUAACAUCUAAGCCCUCCAUUCCCAUUUCCAUAUUCCACUUUCAACAGACAUUUUACAUAUAUGUAGAAUUUCCUUCUGGUAAUAGUUUAAGCUACAGUGUCAUUUGGGUGUAUGAGGACUGGCCUAGUAAAGAAAAAUAAUAUGUAACAUGUUAGCAUAUUCCCAACACCCCCCCCCCAAAACAAAAACAAAAAAAUAACACCCAGGAGGUGUUUUUUAUCUAGUUUUAUCUAGUUUAUCUACAUUUAUUUAGUUUGUCAUAAUGUUGUCUCAUUGUACUAGGGAACACUGUAAACUUAGGAUCUGAAGGAUUCAGUAUUUAACCACACAAUAUGCAAACACUAUAUGAGGAAUGAACUGAUUCUGACAAGUUAUCAUGGACCUUAAUAAUAUUGGUACCACAGUAUUUGCAUAGUGCUUUAGAGUGUCCAGAGUGCUUCACACACAUAUUAUCUCUGUAACCAUUACAACAGUUUUGCAUGGUUGAUCAGGAUAAUCCCCACACUGCAGAUGGAGGAAGGGGCUGAGGAAGAGAGAGGGAAAUUUGCUUAAGGCCUCCUACCAAGGUUGUGAUGGAGGCAAGAUUCGAAGGGGAAACAUUCUCAUUCACCUCACUUAGGCAUUGCAUCACAGAGCUCUCAUUGGCCAGAGCUACUGUUAAAGAGACUUUUUGUGCAGAACCUUUGUUACAUGUUUUGACCUGCUGCUUAUGAAUGUAUGUUCUACCGAGUGCUAACAUCUUUACUGUUUGUGUAUAUUCAAUAAACCUAGAGUUUGUGCUUCUUUAUAACAAA